AUGCAGGUCCAAAUGAAAAAACUCGCAGUUGAACACAGCAAACUGUUCGAGGAGAAGGACGCAACUAUCGCAGAUCUAGAGCUUGGAGUCUACGAACUGAAAAGCCAGAACAAGGAUCUCUCAUGCAGUCUGAACAAAGAGGCCAACACUCGAAAAGUGGCGGUCGCAGGUAUCGAAACUCUCACGAAACAGCAUGAAAUUCAAGGCAAGAAAGUCAUGACGCUCAGCAGGAGGGUUGCCGAGCUCGGGAAUGAGUUGGCUCAAGAGAAAGCCAAGCAUACCGCAGAUAAAGGCGCGAACGAGAAGUUGCGCAGCAUCACCGAGAAGUGCGCCGAGAUUGCAAGGCUUAAGCCGCGUUCUACAGCGCACGCUGCCGCAGCGAGAUCGUCACUCACCGCGUUGAUCAAAGAUCUCAGAGCACAGGAGCGCGAGGUUCUCAGUCUAAGCAGCGCGCUCGAUAAAGAGCGGUUGGAGCAUGAGAAGCAUGUUGAAGACCUAGAAACAACUCACGCGAAAAAGCUUGCGACCGUUCACGAGAAUCACGAUCGCCAACUUGCGCAGAUCGAAGUGCGUCACAGCGAAGAGCUCACGCGCGUCAAGUUGUGGUGUGUGAUGAACCAGCCAAAGCCAAACGAGUUAUCGCGGGUUCUCGAAAGGCAGCGGAGGUCAACAUUGGAAGCCGAAGUGGAGAAGACAAAAGAAGAGGCGAAGAUGAGAGCUCUUUGGCAAGAAACUAGAAUACAGGAACUGGAGCGUGAGAACGACCAAGUCAAGCAUCAACUGGCAAACUUGCAAAGGGAUUCACAAUGGAAGAACUGGAUGAAGACAAUAAUGUCAUAA